AUAUUUGUAGAAUAAAAAAAAAACUAUCAUAAUAUUCCUAUUUUAUUCUUACAUGGGAAAAAACAAUAAGAAAAAAGAGCAAAAAAAUUGGAAUGUAAUGAAAAAAAUAUAUAUUUUUGAACUAAUAAUACUAAUAUACUUAGUCACCUAUAACACGAAGUUUUGCAUACAUUUUUUUGUAGCAUUUUUUGAAAAUAAAAUACUUUACUUUUCAGCAAGCGGCCAUUGGUGGAAAAAGUUUAGACAGCCUUAAACUAAAAUAGUAAAAUAAAAUAAAAAUAAAAAUAAAAAAAUACACAUAUACUAUAUAAAUUACAACCACCAUAAUAAACACUGUUAAAUGUGUAACUGAACAUUAAUAUUCUCGUACAGGCUAAGUAGUGCAGUUAUUCCGCAUUUGUUGACGUCAAAGACACACACACUGACAGCGGCAUGCCGGGAGGAGGAGUCUGAGAAAUAGACUCCACUUCCCAGCAUGCCCCGCGCCUUUUCUUCCCCGCUUCCUUCCUUCCUGCAGCCGUCCAACAGAAAGAUGUCGAGCAGACGCGGCGGCCCGGAGACUCCGAGGCGAGCGUGAACGGAACCAUCUCCCAGCAAAAUGGCGGCACGGCGGCGACUGGCGGGACGGAAGCCGAGCUCAGCGUCUCCUACUCGGCCUUGAGGCACACACGAGCGCCGCUGGAGCUCCGGAGCACUGAACUGAACUGAACCGAGUCGAGCCGAGCCGAGCCGAGCCGAGCCGCCAUCCCGCCAGUGAUGGGCGGCAGCUUGCAGGACUGACGCGUCCCUGAGAGCAGACCUGAUCCACGUCCCCCUUCAGCGCCAUGGAGCGCUCCGGCAGCAUCCAGCUGGACAUUCCGGACUUCAGUAAUUCGGUUCUGUCCCACCUGAACCAGCUGCGGGUCCAAGGGCGCUUGUGUGACAUCGUGGUCCACGUUCAGGGUCAGAGCUUCCGGGCCCACAAGGUGGUCCUCGCCGCCAGCUCGCCGUACUUCCGGGACCACAUGUCCCUGAGCCAGAUGAGCACGGUGUCGCUGACGGUGAUCCGGAACCCGUCCGUGUUCGAGCAGCUGCUGGGGUUCUGCUACACGGGUCGCCUGAGCCUGCAGCUGUGCGACAUCAUCAGCUACCUGACGGCCGCCAGCUUCCUGCAGAUGCAGGACGUCAUCGACCGCUGCACGCACAUCCUGGAAGGAAUCCACCUCAAGAUAAGCCUGGUCGACCCGGACCACCGGCCCACGGACCAGGAGGGGGUGCCGCCGCGCCCCCGCACCUUGGAGGCGCCGGUCAGAGGAGCCCGUCAUCCGUUACCGCUCGGCUCCAGCGUGGACGCGGCCAGCCCCGGCGAGGAGACGCUCAGCCCGACGUCGGGACCUUGCGGGCCGGAGCAACCCGGCGUCUCGGUCAACCGGGCGGCCAAAGAACCCAUCCUCCGCAUCAACCGGGCGGGCCAGUGGUACGUGGAAGCCGGCAGCGAGGCGGACGAGAGCUCCUCCGUAGACGGCAUCACCAUCAAGACGGAGCGGACGGAGCAGUGGAUCGGGACGGGGCGCGAGCGGGAGGAGGCGGGCCUGGCCGAGGCGGGCGGCGCCAUGCUGAUCGACGUGUCGGGACACGGUACAACGGCGCCGGGGACGCCGGGAGCCUGCGGCGUACGACCGUCCAGCAGCCUCGGCGACGCUGACAGGUUCAGCCCCACGGGGAGCGUCCUGGUCCUCGCCGACCACCCAAGAGCGAAGAGCGAAUCCCCGAGCCGGACCGACGACCCGGGACACGCCAGCUCCCAGGGGGAGGAGCCGGCGGCCUACGAGGACUACGUGAGGGAUCAGGCGGGCGACCGCUGGUUCCGCUACAACCCGCGGCUAACGUGCAUCUACUGCUGCAAGUCCUUCAACCAGAAAGGCAGCCUGGACCGCCACAUGCGCCUGCACAUGGGCAUCACGCCCUUCGUGUGCCGCCUGUGCGGGAAGAAGUACACGCGCAAGGACCAGCUGGAGUACCACAUCCGCAAGCACACGGGCAACAAGCCCUUCACGUGCCGCCUCUGCGCCAAGAGCUUCCCCUUCCAGGCCAUCCUCAACCAGCACCUGCGCAAGAACCACCCGGGCCACGACACCCACAGCGCCUCGCCCGAGACCACCACCGCCUCCCUCACGUCGAGGGGAGGCCCGGGCGACGACGCCUCCCCCGGGCGGGAGGAGACCGAAGCGGGCGGCGGAGGCGGCGCGGCGUACAACGACGGCCCCCACCCGUCGGUCACCACCACGGGGCCCGACUGAUACGGCGCCCUCCCGUUCACCCCACCCCCUCCUCCUCCACGCCACUUCAGCCAAUCACGUCCUUCCUCUCUGCCUCCUGACAAUCAGCCGGCCCGGUAUCGGCGACUUCAUCACACCGCAAGAUUUUUAGCGAGAUCCGACGUUCAAACCCCGACCCGGACCGGAGCCGGUUUGGGUCUUUUGAGCGGUCCGACCGAUCGUUGAGUUCGGGUCUCAACGGACAAACCUCAGAUAAGCUAAGCAGCUCAGUUACCUCUCGUCAGCACGCAAUACACCACCGGGGGGCGCUCCAUCCUCACCAGUUUCCUCAAACUUCCUGGAUCAGGAAUGAAAGCAAAGAGGCGACAUUUUAAUCACUCAAAGAUUGCUUCUUUUUGUUUUGUUUUUGUUUUUUAACUCGUGUACUAACCGCGCUUAAAUAAAAACUAGUUUCCUCGCGAUCAAAGCGGCGACGCCGGGUUAGUUUUUGCCACCACCCGCCUAAUAAGUCCUUAGGAGGAAGAGAUGAUGCAGUAUUAUCUGCUCCCAGAUACUACCGUCAUGCUUCAGUCCCUCGCAGGGUUCUCACAGGAAUGAGGCAAAAAAAAUAAAAAAUAGGACCUCAGGAACUGUGGCGUAACAGACAAAAUACUCCUGAGCUUUGACCAACCGGUGCACCGCCGCUCCACCGGAGGUCAAAGGUCGCCCGCCAAACAACUCGAGCACUUGAUCAUGAAAAAAAAAAAAAAAAAAGUGUCGACUCGCGCGUGAACCACAUUUUUUUUUUAUUUUUUAUGCAAGGGCGGGACUCGCCGUCUCCUGCCAGGUGGGCCGGCGAAAGUAGCGGCGAGGUGACGCUCGCUCGCAAAACGUACUUGUACAAAACCACAUCACCUCAACCUUGAUUGGCUGAGCCCCGCUGGGCCCCGCCUCCUCACGACACUUUACCUCACCCCGGUCCCGGCAAGAGUCCACGCCACCUGGCAGAGAACGGGAAAAAACGCCGAUUCCGGUCCCGCGUGCAGCAAGCGCGGUCCGUUCAGGUUCUACCAAGACUCGGGAGUUCUGUGGUACCUCAUGUCCUCAUCCUCUGACCUCUGACCUUCUCCUGAAGGCCACAAACGUUUUUUUUUGUUUUUUUUUUAACCGAUUGACUGCUUUUAAACUGCUGAAGGAUCCAUUUAGAACAUUUUUAACAAGCCGGAGGCGAAAGUUUGAUGUUACGUGCCAACGUCAGGGGGCGGAGCCAAACGUUGGACUGCUUCUUCACUCGGGAAAAAUAAAAAGCUGACUUAAAAAGUCCGCCCCUGCUUAUUUCUUGAACAACUCAGUUGAACAAAA